UGGUGAACAGCAGCGCAAUAUUUUGGUAUGUUAUUUGAAUAUGGCCGCUCACGAGAAGAUUAUCAACGCACCAAUCUCACCAUCAUUGCUUCAUCAACUUGCUAUUGCGCUUCCGAAAAACGCCAACUUCAAGAUAUACCACCUCUCUACCCCUCCAACCAGAACCUCCUCCAUAUACUCUGCGCCCCCAGGAACUCGACCUGAUCGAACGUAUUGUGAAAGCCACUUUCUCACAGUAUCGAUUGGUGUCUCGGAAGAUAGGGAAGUGCUGGUUUAUGCGGUCGAGAUCCUCAUCUACUCGACGGCAUUCGAUUCUACAUUCUUUGUUUCAAAGGCAGACUCAACAGGAUACCUGCAUCUGCUAGGUCUGGCAAAAGGCACGCCAUCUCCAAUUCGAGAUAUCACUGCUAUAUUCCUGCGUCAUCUGGUACUGCAACAUCAAAGGGAGAAUAUUCGAAGCGUGGUUUCGUUAUUUGCGCGAGCGCAGGAUCAAUACCUGUUCCCUGGGAGUAUUGAAUACAGUGGGAAGCAUGUACUGGAUGAUAGAGGACUGGUAAGGUGGUGGUGUCGAGUUCUGGAUCCUCUGAUUGGAGAGACGCCUGAGUGGGAUUCGGUCAAGGGAUAUUUGACGGUUCCUGGACUCGAUUCUCAUGAAACCACCUCCUACGUACCGAACCGAAAUACUUCAAAAUGGACCAUUGGCCACCCACUUCAAGAAAUAUCAAGACAUUCAGACGAUGUGCCUCCGAGAUGCUUCGUCCCGCAUUACCCAGAUGAUCCAAAAGCAAGAUAUUUAGAUGAAUUGGACGAGGAGAUUACAAAGAGCCAAGAUACGAGUGGGCAGUGGAAGAGCGUCAAAUCUGUCGAGCAAUUCUGGGAUAUGAUGGCAUUUCGACAAGAAUGUUCGGCUGGAAGACUUGUGGGAUUUAUAUGGAUUGUGUUUUCUCCCAAAGAUCAGGCGUUGCCUACGGAAUCAAUACUGGGAGAAAGUCAAAAUAGCCUCCUGACCGUUGAUAGCCAGACAGAAGUCAACUCAAGUCCCCCUUCAUCAUUCCUAAUAACGCCAGCCACGUCGUUCAAUGCUUCGAGUCAGGUUCAACCAUUGAGCUCACCUGUGAAGCCCGACGACUGUGAGCAAACCUCGCCCAAGACACGGACGCCAAAAAGGAAGAAGCUCACUGGGGCCAUCAUACCUCGACAGCCGCGAGUCAAAACACAAAACAAAAACUAUCUGCUCGACCGGCCUGAAACAUCGGCAUACUAUGUUUGGCGGCCGGAAGGCAGAGGUCAGAUCAUCGUCGAUGAGGCCGACUACAAACGCGUGACAGAGCUGCUCCUCCGUCUCGACUUCGCCAAUCUUGAGCUUGCAACAUCUAGCUCUACUCGCUGGAUCAACGAGGUUCGUUCCGGUGCAUGGGGAAGUACGGGCGAUGCAUGGGGCCAAAGCGUGACUGGGACGAACGCUGUCGAGAUUCGAGCUGCGGCUGGAGUUGCAGGAGUUACGACUUUGAAUAUGGGAUUGUUGAGGAAGAAGAGGAAAGAUGCUCCUGAGCCGCAGGCAGAAUCGGCACCGAAGGUCAACGUGCUCGCGACUGGAAUGGUGAGGAAGAAGGCUAAAGUUUAAAUUUUACUCUCAAUGGCGCAUUUUGGUAUAUGGAGUUGAGGUUAGGAUUUGGGAUUGGCGUUGUAUAAUACUUGUAUACCCAGGAUAAAGGAUAUUGAAAAGCUUUUCUUUAGGAUUUCGCUGGCUCGUUCAAGCACACUCCCCUCCCGCAUCUUUCCUGUAUAGCCUAGGGGCGCUGUGCAAGCCACACAUCUUGCUUGUGCCAUAUCACUCUGUAGUGUACAUGUCUUGAUAAGCGAAAUCGUUGACGGACAACGUCCACUCGCUUACGCGCCAUUAUUUACAGUUGUAUGUUUGGUAGCGGGAGGGAAAAGUGCACUAUUGAAAGAGGAAAAUUUACGUUCCAACGGUGACGGUAUAUAUAAUGGACAUGAAUUCGAAGCCCUAGAUAGCAGAAGAACAAAAAAGACAUUUGGGAAAUGUCGAAAGGUAGAACUUCACUUGCUGCGCUGACGCCAAAUUGUACAUUCCUUCUCUACUAGCACAGCUUUCACAAGUACAGGCGGUCAUAUACACGUAAAAACAGAGUUGAGUAGGUAUGAACCGAGAGCCAAAAUCCCGUCCACCAAGUACGGGUAUGUCCCAACUCCCCUGCGCCAAAGCAAAGCAAUUGGUAUCAUCCAUCCAUCGCCAUCCAUAAUCAAAACUCUCCACCAUUCCCUCCACUCAACGCCCGUGACG